CAUGGGUACACACACCGCGAUACGCACAUGACACUACUUCUGUGCAAGAGCCGGUGCAUCGCCAGGAGGGCUGUGCUUCCACUCCGGGCACGCACACACACACACACACACACGCAUGCUGCUGCUGCUGCUGCUGCUGGAAGUCUUUCUACACGGGGAUUAGCAGCCGCCUCUCGCUCUCUAUAUUCCUCUGUCUCUCUCUUCUCCUUUCCUUUUUCCUUCUCUCCCUCAAAUGCAUGACUGACGGACGCCGGGCAUAAAAAGCCUAAAACAUCACAAGGGUCAGAUUGUUCAUGAUUUCAAAGAGCCAUCGUUUAUCUUGGUGGAUACAAGUAAACGGACAAUGGUGUCCCGACCAUCUGCUCAAGCUGCUUGAGAACAGUCUUCUGUGCAAAUGGCAUGAAAGAAUAUUCAAGCAUCAAAUAUUGGAACUGACAUCUGAAUUAAAGAGCGUGCAAGAAAUCUCCUCCCUCUUUAACUGUUGAAACAAACUAAAAUGGAAAACUGACUGAAGGAGGUAAAAAACAGAAGAAGUCAAUACCUAAUGCCUGUGGAAAUAGUACCUUUACACACCAUUUCACAGAAGACAGUGUUACAGCCAUCUGGACACCAAGGAUCUGCAUGUGCAACCCCUACUACAUGGCCCUAUGUUCCACUAAAUGUUUAUAACUUGCAGUGCAUCUCUUAAAGGAUUCCCAAGAUUCAUAAGGCCUUUCUCUGAGAUCUGCCCAUCACACAGCCAUACGUAUUAGAUGACUUUGGGACUUGCUUUACAUCAGCGAUGAAGGGAUUAUCUAGCAGCCGUAGUCAUCACCAUGGAGUUGCCUGUGACCCUCCAUGUGACAGUCUGCCACACCACCCAGACCGGAAGCCAUAUUUGUUAAACCCAGUGGACCCCCAUCCUGCAGACCACCCUUACUACACUCAAAGGAACUCUUUUCAGGCGGAGUGCAUGGUGCCCUACGGCGAUCAGAUUGCCAGCAGCACGUUUCCCCGGAGGCAUUACAAUUCCCACCAUGAACUCAAGGACGAGUGUACUCUGGUUCCCCACGGAACUGCCAACAAGACCAACCGCAUUCCUGCCAACCUUUUGGACCAGUUUGAGCGGCAGCUGCCUCUGAAUCGGGAUGGCUACCACACUCUGCAGUACAAGCGGACUGCCAUGGAGCACCGCAGUGACAGCCCAGGGAGGAUCCGGCAUCUGGUCCAUUCUGUCCAAAAGCUCUUUACCAAGUCCCAUUCACUGGAGGGACCAUCCAAGGGGAGUGUCAACGGGAGUAAAGCAAGCCCGGAGGAGUCACAGACGUUGAGGUAUGGGAAGCGCAGCAAGAGUAAAGAAAGGCGAUCAGAAGGUAAGCCCAGAUCCAAUGCAUCAGGAUGGUGGAGUUCAGAUGACAACUUGGACAAUGAUGUUUGCAUUUAUCAUGGUCCCAGUGGGGUCAUGACCAUGGGAAGAUGCCCUGAUCGUUCUUCUUCCCAAUACUUUAUGGAAGCCUAUAACACUAUUAGCGAACAUACUGUGAAGUCAUCCAGAAGCAAUAAUGAUGUCAAAUGCUCUACCUGUGCAAACCUGCCUGUGAGUUUGGACUCCCAGUUAAUGAAGAAAAGUUCUUGGUCCUCUACAUUAACCGUGAGCAGAGCCCGUGAAGUUUACCAGAAAGCAUCAGUUAACAUGGACCAGACAGUGGUGAAGGCAGAGACGUGUCAACAGGAACGGUCAUGUCAGUACCUCCAGGUUCCUCAAGAUGAAUGGACUGGAUUCACUCCACGAGGGAAAGAUGACGAGAUUCCCUGCCGACGAAUGCGUAGUGGCAGUUACAUCAAAGCCAUGGGGGAUGAUGACAGUGGAGACUCAGACACAAGUCCGAAGCCAUCUCCAAAGAUUGCUGCAAGGAGAGAGAGCUAUCUCAAGGCCACCCAGCCAUCCCUUACAGAACUCACCACCCUCAAGAUAUCCAGCGAACACUCGCCAAAGCUUCAGAUCCGGAGCCACAGUUACCUGAGGGCAGUGAGUGAAGUCUCCAUCAACAGGAGCCUGGACAGCCUGGACCCCGCGGGGCUGCUGACAUCCCCCAAGUUCCGCUCCCGCAACGAGAGCUACAUGAGAGCCAUGAGCACCAUCAGCCAGGUGAGUGAGAUGGAGGUGAACGGUCAGUUUGAAUCUGUCUGCGAGUCGGUGUUCAGUGAACUGGAGUCCCAGGCAGUGGAGGCCCUAGAUCUGCCCAUGCCGGGCUGCUUCCGCAUGAGGAGCCACAGCUACGUCAGAGCCAUCGAGAAGGGCUGCUCCCAGGACGACGAGUGCGUUUCACUGCGCUCCUCCUCUCCCCCACGUACGACCACCACGGUGAGGACCAUCCAGAGCAGUACUGUGUCAUCCUGCAUUACCACCUAUAAGAAGACACCACCUCCAGUCCCACCAAGAACUACCACCAAACCGUUUAUUUCCAUCACAGCCCAGAGCAGCACAGAGUCUGCCCAGGAUGCCUAUAUGGAUGGGCAUGGACAGAGGGGAGAUAUCAUCAGUCAGUCUGGACUUAGCAACUCCACUGAGAGCUUGGACAGUAUGAAGGCACUAACAGCUGCUAUUGAAGCUGCCAAUGCACAGAUCCAUGGCCCUGCAAGUCAACAUGUAGGGAACAAUACUGCCACUGUCACCACCACCACAACCAUUGCCACUGUUGCAGUAGAAGACAGAAAGAAGGACCACUUCAAGAAAAACAGAUGCUUAUCCAUUGGAAUACAGGUGGAUGGUGCAGAAGAAUCCACUAAAUUAGGUGAAAAUAAAGCAACCAGUAAGUUCCAGUCCAUAGGAGUUCAAGUAGAGGAAGAGAAGUGCUUUCGCAGGUUUACACGAUCUAAUAGUGUAACAACAGCUGUGCAAGCAGACUUGGAUUUCCACGAGAACUUUGAAAUAAUCGACCCUCAAGAGGACAAUACAUGUUCUGGACAAAUAUCAAGACAAUUUUCCCGAGAUGCAAGCACCUCUACCGUUAGCAUACAAGGGUCAGGAAACCAUUAUCAUGCCUGUGCAGUGGAUGAUGACUUUGAUACAGAUUUUGAUCCAUCAAUUUUACCUCCUCCUGACCCCUGGAUUGACUCUAUCACUGAAGAUCCGCUGGAAGCUGUUCAAAGGUCCGUGUGCCCACGAGAUGGCCACUGGUUUCUGAAGCUACUUCAGGCAGAGAGAGAUCGUAUGGAGGGCUGGUGCCAACAGAUGGAGAGAGAAGAACGGGAAAACAACUUACCUGAGGACAUUCUAGGGAAAAUUCGAACUGCGGUGGGCAGUGCACAGCUUCUCAUGGCCCAGAAAUUUUACCAGUUCAGAGAGCUUUGCGAAGAAAACCUGAAUCCUAAUGCACAUCCACGGCCGACCUCCCAGGAUUUAGCAGGGUUUUGGGAUAUGCUGCAGUUGUCCAUAGAAAAUAUUAGUAUGAAAUUUGAUGAACUUCAUCAGUUAAAGGCCAAUAAUUGGAAACAGAUGGAUCCUCAUGACAAGAAGGAGAGAAGGGUCCCUCCUCCAGUGCCAAAGAAGCCAUCGAAAGGUCAGGUGCCACUCAUACGAGAACGCUCUCUGGAAAGCUCGCAGCGUCAAGAGGCCCGGAAACGGCUGAUGGCUGCCAAGCGCGCUGCAUCGGUCCGCCAGAACUCAGCUACCGAGAGCGCCGAAAGCAUUGAGAUAUACAUCCCCGAAGCCCAGACCAGGCUAUGAAGGGAUCCAACCGGGAGGACUCUCUCUGGCAAGACAAGCCUCAUGUAUAAUCUGCCCCUCUAGGCUCCUGCUCAAGGUCACCACGAAGUAUUUGUACCUCCUCCUCUCCUCUCUCGCUCUCUCUUCCCUCCUCUCCCUCUCCCCUCUCUCUGUACACAGCUGCCCCGAUGCUCCCAGUGAACUCCACUGCCGUGGCGUAGUUGUUGGUCCUCCGAGAGAUGUCCUCUAAUCACCCACGCUUUCUGAAGGUUCACCCAUGUCAUCAUGAUGCUUUGUCACAUGUACUGAUGCUACCACUUUGCCUCAUGUAAACGAGUACAAUCCUUUUUUUCUUUCUGUUUGAAACAAAUAAUCGCAGCGCUCAGACUUCCACACACCCAUGCACCUGUACAGUAGAUGCUCCAUUUAACUUACUCAUGAUCUUUAGUUGAUCUAAAGCUAGUCUGUUACCCAGUGUACAGCAAUAUCAAACUGUAGGGGACUUUGGAAAUUUCAGUCACGCAGGGUGAUCCUUUUGGACUCUGCCGUCUUCCUCACAAAAGAUGAAAGCAGCUAUGACUUGGAUUCCCUUCUUUUUAUUACUGUUUUUUUUUUUUUUAAAGCAGAUGGCGCACUUUAUUCUAAACCUCUGAAUUACACCUUUUCACCUGAAUUUAUGGAGUCACGCAAGGGGAGGGGGCUGGGUGGGAGUGGGGAGGGAGGGGAGAAAAAAAACACACAGAUCUAUGGGGGUGAAAAAGCGGAAAUAAAUCCCGUAGGUGAGGUGGCGAGGAAUAGAAAAGAUUCUGUGUAAAGAUACCUGCACACUCACAGCUGCACAAACUGCCUCAUUUUUAUUUCAUCAAUCACUAUUUAAACAUUUCAAUCAGCAGAAGAUUGUAAAUUCGAUCUUCCAGGGAAAUAAUCUAUUUUGAAAGGCAAUAAAAGAGUGAAAAGGAAGGAGAUAAGAAGCAAUGACAGUUGAAGAGAGAAUAUAAAAGAAGGAUUUUCUUGUCCAAGUAUUAAGAAUUUUUAAAAUUGUACUGUAUUGUCAAUUCCUCUUGUAUUGUAUUGUAUGGAUUAUAUUGGUUAAAAAAAAGAAAAAAAAAAAAAAAAGAAAAAAAAAGCCUGGUUUUGUUUAUGUCUUAAUCUCGGUGGGACCAUCCAAUCUCACACAUCCACGCAGCCACACACAGACACCUGUAGGUGAAUUGCUGUACAUGGAGCCUCUGAUGCUUUUCCAGGCCAGGCUUGCUUUGCUCUAUCCACAGCCAGUUGUAUGCUACAGUUCAGACUGCUCAUCACCAAACAGUCCAUAUCUAGGAGUGACUUUCUAAUUCAGCUUCCUCUUAAUAGUAUAAAAGACCCAUUUGAAGAAGAACAAUAAAGUAUUUUUCACAAGUUACGGAAUCAAUAUGAACUUUUUUUUUUUUCCACGACAAGCCUUCCUACCCUGUCUUUUGCCAUUGUUCUGCAGUUACGAAAAAUAUGCAUCCCAAGUAGCUCGUUAACACUGGGGGGAAAUGGCAGACAAUAGGGCUGGAAAGAAGCAUGAGAGGACAGCCCUUUCAUGCCUGUCUCCCCCCAGCCAGCCCCAGCUGAGGCAGGGGCUUCUCCUCCACCUCCUCUGACAGGGACCAAUGCUGACCACGCCGCUACUGAAACCUCUUGUGCCAACACUAGGAAAGCCACAUCAGGCAUGUUGCUGGAAGCAAGUUGUGUGCAUGCGUGUGAGUGUGUGCGAGCACACGCCUG